GAGAGAUAAUAUGGAGGCAACAAUGCUUUUUCCAACCUUAGUGACGAUGGCAAUGCUUGCCUGCAGCUCUGCUGGAGAUGUCCUCGCAAGACACCAGGUGGGAAAAGAUCUGUGCUAUCCCGGCAUGGACGUUUCCCGCGUUCGAAGGGUGUGGUGUUCCCUGGACAAUUGCGUGUCCUCCCCGGGAGUGAAGUUUGUCUUUGAAGCGCAAGUGACUUUCGAUAAGCCUUCCCAGCAGCUACUCGCAACGUUGACUCACUUAGUGUUCACACGCGACGGUCUGAAAAUCCUCAGUGUGGAGCAGUAUGAUGCUUGUCAAAGUGUCUUCUCAUGUCCUGUUGCCGCCAACACGCCACAAGUCGUCAACGUUACUUACCAAGUUCCCCACCUCGAAGAACUCACUGCUCGGACGGAAGUUGCUGUGGUCUACGAACUUGAAAAUGAAAACAAUGAAGGAGUUGGAUGCGCACUCUUAGACUUGGACUACAGACCAGAAAGCGCUCUUCUGGGAUCGACCGCAUGAUGUCGGCGCUCCGAACGAAUGAACUAUGGAAACCUCGGAAACUGAAAUUGCUUAUUAUGAAUAAAACAUGUCAAGGGCACGCA